GCGGAACAAGACGCAGCUCCUCAGUGGUCACUUGGAUGUUGGAGGGGGAGUUAGCGCAUUUCCCCGGCUGCUGUGUGUUUUCCUGAUUCUUAAGGGAAAUAGGACAAGAGGCCUUAAGGGAGAGGGAAAUAAGGGUAAAUAUACAAUAAAAAGGAUGUCAGGCGGGCGCGCCCUGGACCACGGGUGUCCCGGGACUCCCCUGGCGUGGCAGCAGCGGGACCUCAACUACCAGGCGGGGGGCCACCGCCCCGCCCCGCCCUCACACCAUGGCGCCCCCUCCCACUACGACCGCUACCCCCCCACCCCCUCCAGGCCCGGCCCACCCUCCACCAGCGACAGGCUGAGCCAUCGCAGCGGCGACAAGUCCUGGGGCGCGCCGCCCCCCCUGCUGGUGCCCUACUCCAACCCGCGAGCCCCGCCCUCCACCGCCCGCCCGCCCUCGCGCCCACGCUCACUCACCCACUCCUCAUCCUCUUCCUCCUCGUCCUCCUCCUCCACUGAGGAGAGCGAGCGUGUGGGGGUGCCGGGGCCCCCUAUGCUGUACCCAGGCAUGUAUCCCCCCGGCCCUCACGGACCCCUGGGGACCCCUGGCCCGCCAGGCACCGUGAAGAGUGCCCGCUCCGUGCCCGCCCUGGCCCUCGCCACCUGGGACGGCGAGCCCUGCCCCGUGCACGGCGGCGCGCCCAUGCCCGCCCCAUACCAUGGGCCCCCGCCCCCCAUGGGCCCACCCCCUCCUCGCAGGGGCACCUCCAUCUACGACCUGCGUGGCACCUACGCCACGCUGCCCGCCCGCCCGCCCCCCGGGGACCGCCGCAGCCUGGCGGGGUCAGGCCUCGCCCCACCCCCGCCCCCAGGGGCGCCGCAUGGCAUCCCGCCUCACCUGCUGCCGCCCAUGGCGCGCCCACUGCCCCUGGUGGUGGACGAGAAGGGGCACGCCGAGCCUCUGCCAGUGCGGCGCGCCCCGGGGGACAAGGGCGGGGGCGGCGUGGUGAGCAAGGCAGGCUCUGUGGUGGGUGACGUGUGAGAUGGGGUGGAGGGGGGUGGCAAGGGUGGGGGGCGGUGUCCUGGGGGCUGGUGUGUGGCGUGGGUCAUCCUGGCGCUGGUGUGUGGCGGCGUCCUCCUCGCCCUCAUGCUCACCUUCAUUCUGUAGACACACACACACACACACACACACACACACACACACACACACACACACACACACACACAGGUGUACAUGUACGUGCGUUUGUACGUACAUGUACACGGAUUUCGCUCAUGUGUACUUAUAUAUUACCCUCCAUGUAUGUAUGUGUGUAUGUCUGUAUGUAUGUAUGUAUGUCUGUAUGUAUGUAGUAUAUCUGUAUGUAUGUAAUGUUAUGUUAUUAUUAUCAUCAUUAUUAUUAUAUGUAUACUUAAUUUAAGCUUGUGUGUGUGUGUGUGUGUGUGUGUGUGUGUGUGUGUGUGUGUGUGUGUUUAAAUGGCAUUAUAUAGUUAACAACAACAACAACAACAACAAUGUCAAGAGGUGUCGGUCCGGGAUUGUCAUACGCUGUACAUGACAAGCUGUAGUAGUAGUAGUAGUAGUAGUAGUAGUAGUAGUAGUAGUAGUAGUAAUAGUAGUAGUAGUAGUAGUAGUAGUAAUAGUA